AUGGACGAGGAGUACGACGUUAUCAUUCUUGGCACCGGCCUCACCGAAUGCAUCCUCUCAGGCAUCCUCUCCGUCGAAGGCAAGAAGGUCCUGCACAUCGACCGCAACAACUUUUACGGCGGCGAGAGCGCUAGUCUCAACCUCACUCAGCUCUACGAGCGCUUCCGCAGCGGCGCGCCAGUCCCCGCCGAGCUCGGCCGUGACCGCGACUACUACAUUGAUCUGAUCCCCAAGUUCCUCAUGCAGGACGAGGGCCUGGUUAACGUCCUCUACUACACUGAUGUCCUGCGCUACCUCGAUUUCGUCGCCAUCGCCACCUCUAUGGUCUACUGCGAGGGCAAGAUUUACAAGGUGCCGUCGACCCCUGCCGAGGCACUGACGAGCCCGCUUAUUGGCUUCUUCCAGAAGAACAACGCGCGCAAGUUUUUCGAGUACCUGCAGAACUGGCGCGAGAGCGAUCCCGCGACGCACGAGGGGCUCGACCUGAACCGCCACACGAUGGUCGACGUCUACAAGCACUUUUCGUUGAACGAAGACACCCAAGAGUUUAUUGGCCACGCCAUGGCGCUGCACCUCGACGACAAGUACAAGACGAGGCCCGCUCGCGAGACCUGCGACCACGUCAUCAUGUACGCCAACUCUGCGUCGCGUGCCAUGUCGCGUGACGCUGGCAGCCCCUAUAUCUACCCGCAGUUUGGCCUCGGCGACCUGCCCCAGGGCUUUGCCCGCCUCAGCGCUGUGUACGCUGGUACCUUUAUGCUGGACACGCCUGUCGAAGAGAUUGUGCGUGAUGAGAAGGGUCAGUUUGCUGGAGUGCGCUCGGGCGACCAGAUUGCGCGUGCAAAGCAGGUCAUCGGCGACCCGUCGUACUUCCGCGAUAACGUGCGCAAGACUGGCCGUGUUAUCCGCGCCAUUUGCAUUCUGAACGAUGCCAUUCCCAAGACCAACGCUCACUCUGCGCAGAUCAUCCUGCCCCAGAGACAGACCGGUCGCGAGCACGAUAUCUACAUUACUUGCUUGUCCCAAGAGCAGAAGGUCUGCCCUCAGGGUCGCUGGAUCGCCUCUAUCUCGACCAUUGCUGAGACUUCAGGCGAUCCCAAGGAGGAGAUUGCCUCUGCACUUAAGCUCAUCGGCCCCAUUGAGCAGAUUUUCAUUGGUGUCUCUGACAUCUACGAGCCGGCUGCCGACGGCACCUCUGAUAAUGUCUUUGUUAGCCGUUCGUACGAUGCCACCUCGCACUUUGAGACCGUCUACGACGAUGUCAAGGAUCUUUACAAGCGCAUCACUGGCAAGGAGCUGGUUCUGCAGAAGCGCCCCAUUGACGCCGAGCAGAAGGCCUAA